GCACAGAUCUGACGAUGUGAAAGAAAGUCAAUGGAAAAGUCCAACGACAGCACCGAGUAUGGCUUCAUCUUGGAAGGCUUCUCCGACCGCCCUCGCCUGGAGAUGGUACUCUUCAUAGUAAAUUUUACUCUGUAUUCGAUAGCUGUGCUGGGGAAUAUAACCAUUAUCCUGGUGUGUAUAUUGGACCCUCGGCUUCACACUCCAAUGUACUUCUUUCUGGCAAACCUUUCGUUUCUGGAUCUCUGCUUCAGUACCAGCUGCAUCCCACAGAUGCUGGUAAACCUCUGGGGCCCAGACAAGACCAUCAGCUAUGCUGGCUGUGUGGUCCAACUUUUCUCCUUCCUGUCGAUUGGCAGUGUAGAGUGCAUCCUGCUGGCCGUCAUGGCCUAUGACCGCUAUGCUGCCGUCUGCAAACCUUUGCACUACACGGCCAUUAUGCACCCGCAGCUGUGUGUGAGGCUGAUGGCUGUGGCCUGGGGGAGUGGACUCGCCAAUGCCAUCAUCAUGUCACCACUAACAAUGACCCUGUCCAGAUGUGGCCGCCGCAGAAUUAAUCAUUUCCUUUGCGAACUGCCAGCUCUGAUCAAGAUGGCCUGUGUGGAUGCUCGCCCGGUAGAAAUGUUGUCCUUCACCUUGGCCGUCCUCAUUGUCCUGCUGCCCCUCACUCUGAUUCUUGUCUCCUACGGUUACAUUGCUGCCGCUGUGCUGAGGAUCAAGUCGGCUGCUGGGAGGUGGAAAGCCUUCAACACCUGCAGCUCCCACCUCACCGUGGUCUCCCUGUUCUAUGGAAGUAUCAUCUAUAUGUAUAUGCAGCCUGGAAAUAGCUCUUCCCAGGACCAAGGGAAAUUUCUUACUCUCUUCUAUAACUUGGUGACUCCCAUGCUAAAUCCACUCAUCUACACUUUAAGGAACAAGGAAAUGAAAGGGGCACUGAAGAAGGUUUGUGGCAGGCACUGAGGGACAGAAGUAA